CCGAAGAGGGCGCGCGGCUGUUAUCCGCCCCGCCGGAAAGGUAGGGGCUCCGCUGCGCUCCAGCCUCGUCGCCUCCGGGAACGGGGAGCCCCGCAGCUUCUAUCUGUACUGCACCUUUCUUCUCGAACUUGGUGGCGACAACCGCGGAGCAGGAGGCGUUUCCUGCGGCUCCCGAGGCGCUCGGCGCAGUCGCUGGGGAAUCCAGACCCGGGCGCGGCGGGCAGCGCGCGGGCUGGCGGGCGCCUCCAACUCCGGGCGGCGCUGCGCCCUCUCCAGCUCCCCCGCCAGGGCUGGGGGGAAGGAAUCGUGCCCGCGCCACCUUCCUCCAGUUUCCGCCAGCCCAGGGCUUGGGGACCCGAUGCGGCAGGCGCCGCCGGAGAGGCAGCAGUCGGCUGGAGCGAGCGGCGCAGGCGGGCGGAGAGCAGCGGGCCCGGCCCUGGAUCCCCGCACGCCUCUGCGGUCGUCGCGCCUGGGCCUUGGCGGGAGUCAUCAAUUUGCUGAUUCACAGAUAUAGCCUCCUUCCUUCGCCCUUACCUCCUUGUUCUUCUAAGUGAAUUACUGUGGCAUUUCCAGUUACACACCAGCCUCCUAGGAGUGCACGACUCUUGAUUGAGAUGCUUCUGGUCCUUCCCUACCUGGGUCAGUUCCUGCAGCUUGCUAAAUAUGCCACAGCUGUAAUUUGAUAAUCACUUAUGAUGACUUGCUAAUGUCUGCCUCUCUUGCUGGGUUGCAAACUUUUUUCUUCUUCAUGACUGUAUCACUGGUGCUUUAAACCGUAUCUGGCCUCCAAGAGCACUGGGAAAUUCCGUAUUGACAAAAUCAACAAGUUACUCUAGAAGCACUUGCAAGGGAAGAAACAGCCAAACCCUGGGUCUCGGAUCAUUUGUGGUAGAAGGCCUCAACAAUUUAGCAGACAGCCUCCUGAACCUUCUUCACAUCUGGGUUGCUCCUAACCACACUCUUCAUCUUUAGGAACAGAGGGCCAUUGAGAAACAGAUUCCUAAAAGUGCCGGUGGGCCAGCCAUGAGAGGGUACCUCGUGGCCAUAUUCCUCAGUGCUGUUUUUCUCUAUUAUGUUCUGCAUUGUAUAUUGUGGGGAACAAAUGUUUAUGGGGUACCACCUAUAGAAAUGAAGCAGCGAAAUAAGAUCCAGCCUUGUUUAUCAAAGCCAGCUUUUGCAUCUCUCUUGAGGUUUCCUCAGAUUCAUCCCUUUUUGUGUGUGUCUGAUUUUAGGAAUACUGCUAUAGUCACUGGUAGUGAUCAGUUUUAUUUGCCCUAUGGGACAAAAAGAUCAGAGGCAUAUUUUAAACUUGCUCUUUCAAAACUGCAGAGUUGUGAUCUCUUCGAUGAGUUUGACAAGGUGCCAUGUAAAAGGUGUGUGGUGGUGGGCAAUGGAGGAGUUUUGAAGAAUAAGAGCUUAGGAGAGAAAAUCGACUCCUAUGAUGUAAUAAUAAGAAUGAACAAUGGUCCUGUUUUAGAACAUGAAGAGGAAGUUGGGAGAAGGACAACCUUCCGACUUUUUUAUCCAGAAUCUGUUUUUUCAGAUCAAAGUCACAAUGACCCCAAUAGUACGGUGAUUCUGGCUGCUUUUAAACCACUUGACUUAAAGUGGCUGUUCGAACUGUUGUCAGAUGGCAAAAUAAACACUAGUGGUUUUUGGAAGAAACCAGCCUUAAAUUUGAUUUACCAACCUUAUCAAAUCAGAAUAUUAGAUCCUUUUAUUAUCAGAACAGCAGCUUUUGAACUACUUCAUUUCCCAAAAUCAUUUCCCAAAAAUCAGAAACCCAAACACCCAACGACAGGAAUUAUUGCCAUCACGUUGGCGUUUCACAUAUGUCACGAAGUUCACCUAGCUGGUUUUAAAUAUAACUUUUCUGACCUCAACAGUCCUUUGCACUACUAUGGAAAUGCCACCAUGUCUUUGAUGACUAAGAAUGCAUAUCACAAUGUGACUGCAGAACAGCUCUUUUUGAAAGACAUUAUAGAAAAAAACUUUGUAAUCAACUUGACUCAAGAUUGACCCUCCAGAUUCAGAAGAUGAUGCUAACAGUAUUAGUUUUAUUUUUAUACUGCAAUUUUUAGUUUAUUUUUAAAUAUAUUCGAUAAACUUUUCAAAUUAUGUAUACGAAGUCUGUGGCUGCUUGGUGACUCAUACCCAUCCCCAACUUAAUUUCUGUGAAUAUAUUUAUGAAAACCAAGAGAGGUCUAGCUAGUUAUCAGGGAAAUAAAGUUUUAAUUGCAUUUUUU